GAACCGACUGAGCGACCACUGGCGACUCCGACCUAAAUUCCCCCACAUCUAGGCCAAGACAUCCAACCAAUAGGAGCCGUCAGCCCUUUUCUCAGCGCCCCACAUUCAAACCUACCGUCCAACUCCAACUCAACCUUAGCUGAAAGUUACAGUAGCGCGGGCUUACUCUACCACCAGACGACGGCGCGCCCAUCACAACUUCCAAUCCGCUAUCAAUGAAGAACUUCUCUCCCACCUCCAACCACGCGCUACAUAUCACUCAAUCGCUCGCAAAGGGCCAGGGCCAGUGCACGCCCCCAACACCACCAAGGUGAACCACUCCAGUGUGGAAGGUGGCAGCGGAGGACAGGAAGAGGACGAGAUGGGUGUUAUUCGUAAGAAGACGGCGAAUCGCCUAGGGGAAGGGGGAGUCAAAUAUGUCUGCGACGUCUGUUCUGCAGAUAUUACAUCAACUGUGAGUAUAUAUCUGGUGGCAAUUCACGCUAUUUUGCGCCGAUGCUGACCUGCUGCCUCCAGGUGAGGAUACGAUGCGCCCACAGCGCUUGCAACGAGUACGAUCUCUGCGUGCAGUGCUUUGCAAAUUGCGAAACCUCUCAUAAUCAUGUACCGGCUACGCAUCCAUUUCGCGUCAUCGAGCAAAACUCGGUACCCAUAUACGAUAAGGAUUGGGGUGCGGACGAGGAACUUUUACUGCUGGAAGGGUGCGAAACAUAUGGUCUUGGUUCCUGGGCUGAUAUCGCCGACCAUAUUGGUGGGUACAGGGACAAGAAUGAAGUUGCUGAGCACUACAUAAACACAUACGUCAACAGUUCCAAGUUUCCAUUGCCCGAGCGCGCAAGUCCAAAGGAUACAGAAUUACUGGAACAAGUGCCGAGAGAACAAUUCCAGACGCUAAAGAAGCGUAGAAUAGAGUACCGCAAGGAAAAGCAAAAGAAUGCGCCGCCAGCUCAGCCAAAGAAGAAGCCUACCGCCAGUGUACCGUCAUGUCACGAGGUUGCUGGAUACAUGCCCGGGCGGCUGGAGUUUGAGACGGAAUUUUGCAACGAGGCCGAAGAGGCCGUUCAGCUCAUGCAAUUCGAUCCUGGAGAUGGUAUCAACCCACGAACCGGAGAACUGGAGCCAGAAAUGGAGUUGAAGAUGACCGUCAUGGACGUUUACAACUCUCGGCUGACUCAGCGAGCGGAGAGGAAGAAAGUCAUCUUUGAACAUGGGCUACUCGAAUAUCGAAAGAACGCAGCUCUUGAUAAGAAAAGGACGAAAGAGGAGAGGGACCUGCUUAACAAAGCAAAACCAUUUGCGCGGAUGAUGAACAAGAAUGAUUAUGAGGAUUUUACAUCUGGUCUAAUCAAGGAGCUUCAUCUCCGGCAGGCAAUCAAUCAACUUCAAGAAUGGCGGAGUAAUAAAAUUAGCACUAUUCGUGCUGGAGAGAAAUACGAAAUUGAAAAGUCCUUGCGGGCCCAAAAUAAACAGCCAAUGGGUUCUCUGGACCGUGAACGUUUGGCGAGCAGUCAACGUAGCGCCAAACCCCCUCCAGUUGUUGAAACCCCUUCAGGCGUGGCAGCAUUAAUAGCACCGGAGCUCGCACCAGGUCUCCUCACCACAGACAAACCUGAAGCUCCCUCUCGAGCCGUCCUCGCCGAAAAGACCAACAGUUCUCUUUCUAAUGGUCACGCAAAUGGCGCAAAUGGCGUAAAUGGCACUGCGGCCCCAACAACGAAAACAAAAUACCAAAUUCCACCUCUGGCCGGUGUUCAACCUCUUCCACUCACGCAGGAGAACGCCUCUGAUCUCCAUCUUCUAAGUCCUGAAGAAGUGGAACUCUGCAAGAUAUGUCGGAUCCAACCCAAGCCAUAUCUCGUUCUGAAGGAACGAAUUAUCAAAGAAGCCGUUACAGGGAAUGGAUCGCUGAAGAAGAAACAGGUCAAGGAGCUCUGUAAAAUUGAUGGACAGAAGGCGGGGAGGAUCUUUGACUUUUUCGUGAGUGCUGGGUGGAUUGCUAAAGCGUGAGGGCGAGGAAGUGAAGUGUUGAUAUCGGUAUGGUAUGGUUUCAGCGUGGCGUUUCGGGGUGGAUUGGUUGGUGAUGGACCUGGGCGUUUGGGCAUCAAAGAGGGC